GAUUUUUGACUGCUGUGUGUUUAGCUAGUAUAUAAGAUACAUUGCUCGAGUACAGGACGGUUUUUCAUCAUCCACAAUGUUUGCAUUUUGUUCAGACAUGAAUUAGAUAUAAAACUGUUGACAGUUUUUGUAUCAAUAAAUUCACAACGGUUGGAAAUUUUCUAGCUACACAAAACAGAAAUGACUCAUCUCUGGUGUAUAUAUUUAUGCUUUUUCAAUUACUGUACACGGGACAUUAUUAAUACAUUAGUGGCAUUGUAUUUGCUUUCAUUGUUUAUUUUUUAUUGUUCUUACAGUAAUGUACAUACGCCUACUGUAUGUACUUUAUUUAGUUUAGUAGCUAUAUAUAUAUAUAUAAAUUUAUUAAGUUGAGGGUGUUAUUGAUAUAAAUAUUUUCUAGAAAACUUUAUGUCAUUUCAAUGUAUUAUCGGUAUUUAGUCACCAUCUUAUUGUGAAGAAUACAACGUUAUUAUUUAACAUUCAAAAGGGACAUUUUCAAAGGAAAAUCUUAUAUUCAGAACUAAUUUCAAGUAUUAAUAACAAGAAAACCAUCUUUAGGUGUCCACAGUAUAUAUGUACGUGAAAAACAACUUUAUCACACACAGGACAUUUUUUGAAAAAAAACAUGAUUUUAAAGAAUAGAAUAGUUGAUUAGUUUUUAAAAAGAGCCUAAAAACUGGUAUAUAAUAUUUGUUUUUUAAAACCUCUAAUAUGAUCAAGUUUAUUGUCAAGGACAGUAAAUCCCUUUAAAAGCCAGUAUAUAUGCUCUGGAAUUUAUAUAUUCUGUGCAUUUAAAAUUAAGAUAACAUUGUGUAAAUUAUUAAUAUCUCUGCAGAAGUGCAAAGAAAAGUGAUAGUUAGAUUUCUUGUAUAUUAAAACAGUCAUAAUGAAAAAGUUUAAACUUUUCCAUGUGUCUUAUUCCUAAGCUCAUUUAGCGGUUGUCAUGUUCUGGACAUAAUUUUUCACUGAUGCAGACUUUGACCCCUCUUUUUUUAACUUUUUAACUUGCAAGGACUUUUACAGAUUCAUUGACUAUUGAUAUGUUCAAAAAUAAAGUUUGUUCUUUGAGUAUUGAAACAUUUUUUUUAAUUUUCUCAAUUUCUUCAUGUCAAUUGUGGUGGAUCAUAUAGUGAAUAAAUAUAUCUACAGGCCUUGCCAUGAGUCGCGAGCAAUUGCUCGCGCCCGCGUAGUGCUCGCGUAAAUGCUCGUUACCCGAGCAUUCUAUUGCUCGCGUAAAUAUUAAUAUUUUGAGAUAAUUGUUCACGUUUUUCUUAAGAAUUGAUUGGUCUUUUAAGUGAAAUUCCUGCACGAACGCUCAACCUGAAACUGAAAAGAUAUUUGGUGUGAUUAUUUUCCACCCAUCGUGAAAAAGUUCAUUCACCAUUUUGUAAAACGCUUGCGAUACGGGCAUUAAGGUUAAUCUUUGUUGCGCAUUCAUUUUGCAGUAGAAAGUGGGGGACGUUUUAAAUCAUGAACCCCAAACACGAUGAUCGAGCGUCUACUGGUAUAGUGACUCUCUCAAGCUUAACUUCCUUUUCUACAUGUCCGAAAUAGUAUGCAUUACUAUACUGUCGUUUCCAUAAAUUUAUUGUUUAUUUUUCAGCAAAUAGGAAAAAAUAUGCUUCGUUUUCAAAUUAAAAAAAAUCUUUAUUUGCAUGGUUUAAAUAAAACUUCCAAAUUCAUUCGGAAAGUUCAGGUAUACGUCAGGUACAUAAAAUUGAUACAGAAAAAAAAAUUAUACCGCACGUGGGUUUCGUUUUUAAAAUUGUUUGAAAACAGUUGCGGCAUAAAGAAAAUAAUCCAUUAAAUUUGGACCUGCUAUGGUUUCCAAUUAUUUCGUCAAAUGAAGAAAUUAUGUACAAUUAAAUCCAUGAUAAAUUGUCUGUUCUGCCUGUAAGUGCAGUUUUGCAGACUUGCGUCAUCCGUGCUCGGUCGGCGUUCACCUCCGCAUUAGUUAAGAACCGCAUGGCUGGAUUUCUUGUGUAAGACCUGGUUACCAACGACGAAGGGGCCAGGCAAAAGAGAUUUAUGUCUGCGUAGUUCUUUUAACUAAGUCAGGAGUCGGUUAAUUAGCUAGGAUGGACAGGUUGGCUAUAAAUAGGCUUGCUCGUGGAUUUCAAGGACCAGGACUAUUUAAUAGUUCUGAGAUGUAAAAGUGUCCAACCAAGACGGAAAUCUAUCGGACGUUUUAACCGACGAAAGUUCUAAACGAGCCACGGACAUGUCCGACCAAACUGGAAAUGUGGCAGGCAUUUUAAUCACACGCCUGAAACGAUUUAGGUGUGUGCCAAGGCGCACGCCUCUCCUGAAAAAGAUGCCCUGAGAGACUAAAAGUAAAGUUUUUUUAGCGAAAAAUAUGGCGAGCAAAAUUGCUCGCGUGGACACUCACGCGAGCCAUUAAUUGCUCGGGAGGUUAUUUGCUCAUGGCAAGGCCUGAUCUAUAGUGUCUACUGUCCUUAUUUCGUGAUUAUCUAAGCAAACAAACUCAGGGGACAAUCUGGAAACUUGGCCCUCUACAUAACUUUAUGGUUUCGAUUAUAAGCCAUCUGUUAAUAAGACUUCGAAAUUGCCAGUAAACAAGCAGAUAUUUAAACAGGAUCGAAGAAAAAUAAAUCAGCUAAUACGUCCUAUUCAUGUGAUUUAUGUCUCAAUUCCAUGAUGUGUUUAUUUCAAUGUGACAUCCACUGGAAUGAACCUAAAAAUAAAUUUGUAGCUUACAGGAACUUUGGUGAAGAGGGUUUACAGAAAGACCUUAGGAAUUUAUGAUUAUGAUGACCUUGAAAGCAUGUGGGAAAUUGAAUGAAAAUGUUAUUAAAACAGUGGCUGACAAUCAUCAUCAUUGUUAACCGUGGAUGCAGAAAAUUAUAUACAAGGCUAAUUUCUUGACAUAGUAAUCUUUUACCACGCUAAACAUUAAUACAUAUAAUAAGGAAACAUACUACAAAAUAAUCUUAGAAAACAAAAUGGCAGAAUAAGGUAGGUUAUGUAUUAACAAUACAAGUAGCUACACAACUCAAGUUGAAAUUCAGCGGCUAUACUGUGACACUAUAAGAACACAGAGGGUACGCAAAAAUACAAAAGAGAUAAGACUAAAAAACCAUGAUGCAACGAAUAUGGCACCAUUUUUACCAUCGUCAUCAUCAUCGUCAUUGUCAUCAUCAUUUCAUCAUCAUGUUUGCAAAAAAUCCAACAAACAUAAAUUCACAAAACUUAAUGCUUGUUCCUGUCAAGUGUUUCCACUAAAUUUUAGGCUCUUGUAUUUAAUUAUGUAUUAUAUAUUAUAUUGUUUUAUAGAAAAUGGACACAACAGUGGCUAAGAAUCUAAAUAUAUCUCUUCCUAGGGCGUUAAUUAAGCUGAGAUUUGAAUGACACUUGUGAAGAUAGAACAACAAUGCCAUUAGAUGAAAUAGCAAUGUCUUUAGAUGAAACAACCAUGUCUUCAGUUAAAACAGUUAUUUCUGUGGAUGGGAAAACCUCUUCCCCAGUUGAAACCACCAUGUCUUUAGAUGGGAACACCCAGUCUUUAGGUAAAGAAGAGCUUCACUGCGAUAUAUGCAAAAACAAUUUCCACCGUAUGUCUGAAUUUAAUCUUCACCAGUGCUUAAAUUCUGGUAAAACCACAUGUCGUUGUGAAGAAUGCGGAAAACUGUUUUGCAAUCAAUUUAAUCUCAAAAGACAUCAAGUAACACACACGGGGAAGAAACCUUUUUGUUGUACCACUUGUGAUAAAACUUUUGCGCAGUCAUAUAACUUGAAAAGACAUCAGUUAACUCAUACUAGCAACAAAUACACAAAGCCAUUUGUAAAAAACAUUAAGAUUGAAGUAAAUAUUAUGUCAGAUGAGGAAGGUGGUGAUUUUUCGAAACAUAAUAAAUCGCAUAGUAGCUGUAAUAAAAACCAAAAGGUCAAAAAGGAGAAGGCUGAAGUUGAGCACUCCGAUGUGAAAGAUAAUCUAAUUUACUGUGUUGGAUGUGAGAAAUACUUUACUGACCUACUUUCACACCAAUGCUUGUCUUCUUCCAAAAAACUAUACCAUUGUGAUACAUGCCAAAGGUCGUUUCAAUGCAGCUCGAAUUUAAAAAGACAUCAACUUGUGCACACUGGAGAGAAAUCUUACCGUUGUAAUUUAUGCGAGAAAACGUUUGCGCAUGAGUACAACUUGAAUCGUCAUAAGUCAACGCACACUGGGGAGAAACCGUAUUGUUGUGGAACAUGUGGAAAGAGUUUUGCUCACCUUUAUAAUUUACAAAGACACGAGGAUGUUCACGUUGUUACUGAGAAAUCUUUUUGCACUAAAUGUGGUAAAUCUUUUAAAACUUUGGCAAGAUUAAAAACACACACGUGCUAUCUCACCGAGGUGAAUCCUACGCUCACUGCAACGUGUGGUGAAAAAACGUUACACGUUUGUGAUGUUUGCAAUAAGUCCUUCUCACUUCCUCGCAACUUGCAGAGACAUUAUGUAACUCAUACCGGUGAAAAGCCAUACAGAUGCGAAGUGUGUAACAAGACUUUUAGUUACUUGUUUAACAUGGAAAGACAUAAAACAAUCCACACUGGAGUAAAACGGUUUUCCUGCGAGGUUUGUGGGAAAUCUUUUUCGCAAUCUUUUAACCUGAACAGACAUGUUCAAGUUCACCGUCCCCAGCAAAAGUUCAAUAAAUUUCGCAACACCUGUGGGUAGGAAGUUAUCAUCACUUCUAAUGUUGACACAAUGUCAGCUUUCAUAAUUAUAGUCGUUCACAAAGUGCAGACGGGGUCAAAAAUUCGCUGGAACAAGAUUUGCCAAAUGGCGACAGUGGCAAGCAUUUCGCAAAAAGCUCAAAAAUGUAAUUUCCACAAAAAUUUAUAUCAUUCAGAUAUUUUGUUUUCUUUUAUUUUUUUAAGAACGUGACAUGAUUCUGAGAAGGCUUUAUGUUUUGUUUUGUGACUUAUGAGGUGGAAGACUUAUACUUCAUCUCUGAUAAGCUUGUAGUUGGAAAAAGAAAUUCCGGACUUCAGGCUCCAGGUUGGUAGGGUUGGAUUUUAAAAAACAAAAACUUUUUAGCAUUCGCCCCUGGUAAUUUAAACAUUUGCUUUUUGUUGAAUCCAAUUUUUUAUUAUCAGACACUUUGACCUAUACUUUCACAAAAUUUUCAUAUCGUAUAUAUAUAUAUAUUAUAUCUCUACAAUUUCAGUUACUUGUAUAUUUUAUAUUUAUAUAUUAUAUAUAUUUUUUAUUUAAAUAAAGUGUAAUUAAACAACUUGUGUUUGAUUAAAAAACAAACUAUUCGAAAUCUAGUUAAAAUUGUCCACACAUGAUUUCCCGUACAGCAAGUGGUAUCCAUAAAGUAAAUGCACACUUAGAGGAAGGGGCUCAGACUAACAGAAGCAUACAAGGGGGGAGGGAAUACACUCUGAUCAUCUAUAAUUCUUUUUUAUAUAUUUUGAUGUUUUGAAAUCGUCUCUGUUAAUUCUGUUAAGAUCUGUAUUAGAAAUUUAUAAAAUUACUUCACUUACUGCAGAAUCGUAGUAGGUAAUAUUCCCACAGUAGACAGUGGCAACAAGAUGUUUAUAUAGAAUGAGUUGUUUUUGCAGGUGUUUAGGAAAACCUAAUUUCACAAUACAAAAGGAUCGGCUAACUUUUCAGACCGUUUUAAAUAUUUUUUUUUAAGUCGUGAAUAUGUGCGUAUGUACGCUAAGGAAGGAUGAAGCAAAAGCGUUGAGGGGAAGGAGAUCGGAAAAUAAGCAAUUUGGUGGGUACGUCCUUGUGUUAUGGAUGCCCUGCAAUUUACAAUGUGGCCACAAAACGCUUAAUCAAUUUUAUCAAGUCUAUGACUGGCUUUUGUAGUGAAAUGUAUCCAAAUCGAUUCAGGAGAAAAAUUACUUUAGUUAAGGUCAUUGAAGGGGGCGCUCAAAAUUUUUGUAAAAUGUGAAUUUUACAAAACAUGUUAUAUAUGUUAUAAUAUCUUCGAAACAGCCGAGACCGAAUAGGGUUAUAAAGCAAUGAUUCUUGCCAUCUUCACUGCUACAUUUUUAAUUUUUAGCGCACAACAAAUGUCGCAUAUUUGUUAUCAAAUUAGUUAUUUUUUGUAAUGCUGACCCAGUUAAUUUUAUAAAGGCCAUGGUUAUUAAAAAGCGAGAAUGGGAAAUUGGUUUGGUUGCUGCCGAAAAGUUUGACUGUUUAUUGUAAAACGAAUAUGUUUCUUCAGUGUUGGACAAAAAUAGCUGAAGAAACAAAAAGACAAGUAUGAAACAUUUGAACGUCAUCAUUAUUAAAAAAAAAAAGAUUUAUUAUAGCAAGUUUCCACGUUUUGUUAAAAAAAAUGAAAGAUAUUGAUCACUCAAGCAACUUUUGACACUGGUCAUUUGGUUUUAUUUAGGGGGGCGUUUAAUAAACAUUUUGUUUUAUAGGGGGCGUUUAUAAGAGGGGGUGUUUAUUAGAGAAUUAACGAUACAUCAGUUUUUAAUUUGAUGUUCUGAAAGGGCAAUUUUAUUGAUCAUAUUGCGAUUCCAAACAAACUGUUUCCUUAAAAUAAAAUUUGUGGAAUGUUGGGCGUAAAGUGGUCGCGGCCUCUUUGACUUAGCAUUGAAGAUUGCUGACAUGCAUAUAAGUGCUGUAAGAUGUUGUAUUAGUAAUAGAGGUUGUUAUUAUAUGUAUGUUCGUUACUCGUUGGUUACUAUGGUGUUGCUAUGGAGAUAUAUGAGUUA